AAAAACACACACGUUCACCCUGCCACAAGAGUGUUGAAAAACUAACAUUAUUUAGGAAAAUAAAGUUGAGGUAUUUCUGAGACAGAAGGAGCCUUAGAGUCACCGAAGAUUACUUGUCACGAGAGACCGAUCGUUCUAGAAGGUCUGAGAAUGCGUACAAUUUCUUUAUCUGGUGUUUUUCUUUUGAUCCUUUAUCCUUUAUCUCGACUGUGUGCUGCGGAAGAAAAACUUGUUCAAACUAGCAAGGGAACAAUUCGAGGAAUGAAAGUUAAAAGGGCAUCUCUAAGUUCCAGAGACAUCUAUUCCUUCGUUGGCAUUCCUUACGCUAAACCGCCGGUGGGCAAACUUCGAUUUAAGCCUCCAGAAGAAAUGGAAUUCUGGUCAGGCGUUAGAGACACUACAGACAAUAAAAUGUUCUGUCCUCAGAUUCAGAAAUAUACAGUUAGUAAAGGAUCUUACACUGGAGUAGAAGAUUGUCUGUACUUGAAUGUUUACACUUCCCAGGAUCCAGCAAACCUUAACUCAAACACCAAGAGUAUUCCUGUUCUUGUGUACGUCCACGGGGGAGAAUUUCAAAAUGGGGGCAAAGAUGAGGUUGGGCCCCAAUUUCUUUUGGACAAAUCAAUGGUGCUAGUGGUCGUUAAUUACAGGUUGGGAAUUUUAGGAUUUCUCAGCACCGACGAUGACGAAGCUCCUGGAAAUAACGGACUUAAGGAUCAAUUUUUAGCUUUAAAAUGGGUAAAAGAAAAUAUCGCCAAGUUCGGUGGAGACCCCAACAAAGUCACCAUUUACGGUCAUGAUGCUGGCGCAGCUUCAGUGUCGUUUCACAUGGUCUCAGAAUUAACAAAAGGUUAUUUUCACAGAGCUAUAACAUCGAGUGGAUCAGGGUUCGCACCUUGGGCAUUGAUUAACGGUUCUCGAGAGUAUGCAGUGAAGGUAGCUCGUUAUUUUCAGUGUCCAGUGGAUGAUAAUCAAAUGAUGGUGGAUUGUUUACAGGACAAGACAGCUCAGCAGCUGGUAACAAGCCAAGUUCAGAUCCAGAACGUAACUUUCCUCCCAACCAUUGAAAAGAACGCUGACGAGGCCUUCCUCGUACAUCAUCCUAAAGAAGCUUACGAACAGGGCCGUGCACACAAAGUUCCUCUAAUAUCUAGCGUUACGGGGAAUGAAGGUUCACUGAAAUAUUACAGUCUCUUGGAAGAAGUUCGGAAACAAAAUUCUUCCAGAUAUAUUAUAGAAUUUCUAUUAAAACCUCACUUUAAGUAUGAUGACGACCUAGUAACAGUGAUUUCAGCUGCAAAGUACUAUUAUCUGGGUGAUACCAACUUUAAUGACUGGACUGCUUCCUCUCCUAAGCUUAUUGAGCUUCUGUCUGACUUUAUGUACAAAGCACCAAAUGACUUAUCUGUUAAUCUGCAUGCGAAGGCUGGUAAUCCAACCUGGAUGUAUGUUUUCAAUUACUUCGGCGAGAGGUCGCUCAGAUCGGUUGUCAGUGAAAAUGGAGUAACAACAACGGAUUACGGUGUAGCCCAUUAUGAUGAUAUGUUUUACGUAUUUAACACAUCAUAUGAUAACAGCUUUCCCAACUAUCCAAGAAUUGUCAACUCUGAUAAAAAUACUCUUCGAGUAUUAAUCAACUGUAUAUACAACUUUAUGGAAACUGGGGAGAUUACGAAGCAGUAUCCAGCUGGUGAGUGGAAAAAGUUUACUGUGGAUAACCUAGCUUUCUUCAACUUUAGCAAUACGUACCCUCAGUACACUACCCAGUACGGCUACCGCCAGAGUGCUGUGCGUUUCUGGAACGUGCUAGUCCCCGAACUUUUGGAGAUUGAAGCCUCAAGACCAACGCCAUCUACUUUGUCUCCAGAGGAACUUGCUAAUAUCAAUUCGGAGUAUAAACAGGCUGCAACAGUUCUAGCUGUGUUUGUUGCUGUGGUUGUUCUGGUGUGUUUGGGAAUCUUAGGUUUCGUGUAUAAUAGCCGUAAGAAGAUUAAAUACAUGUCGGCCUCUUCAGUUCCCAAUCCUCAGAAAUGAAAUCAGCAAAACUAUAGCGUGGUUUAACUCUUCACAAAGAAAGAUUUGUUUUUUCAUCAUAUUUAAGACAAUAAAUGUUGCUACCUCAGAACCAGGAAUAGUCACAAUCGUGUAAAGUAAGCACGAAGAACUAUCAAUAGGUAAAAGUUGUUUGUUCAGUCUUGUUUAUUAUUCAUAAUGCACAACACCAACUUUAUUUGUAGGUGAAUUCAGAUUUUCUUUCAAUACUGCUGUAAAAUCUUAGUUCUUAGUUCAGUUGAAUGUAAAAGUUUACCGAGAUGUUUAUAAACGGAAACACAGCUUUUAAUAUCACGAAUUAACAUGUUAAGAAUGUACUGUUGCCAUUUCUUUAAACAUUAAACAAUAUUGUUCUUCUCUUCGAACACUAAACAAUACUAACUCUUUUUAUCCAACAUUAAACAAUACUAACUCUUCUUUUUGGACUAUAAACAGUUUUAACUCUUCUUUUCGAACAUUAAUUAAACAACACUAACUCUUCUUUUCGAACAUUAAUUAAACAACACUAACUCUUCUUUUCGAACACUAAACAAUACUAACUCUUCUUUUCGAACAUUAAUUAAACGACACUAUCUCUUCUUUUCGAACACUAGACAAUACUAACUCUUCUUUUUGAACCUUAAACAAUAUUAACUCUUCUUUUCGAACAUUAAUUAAACAAUACUAACUCUUCUUUUCGGACAUUGAUUGAACAAUACUAACUCUUCUUUUCGAACAUUAAACAAUACGAACUCUUCUUUCGAACAUUAAACAAUGCUAACUCUUUCUAUCCAACAUUAAACAAUACUAACUCCUUUUCUAACAUUAAAGAAAAACAGCAAUUUGGUAUUAUAAUGUUGUUUAUUUCUAGCAUUACAACGCUAACUCGUCUUUUUGAACAUUAAACAAUAUUACUUCUUACUUUGAACAUUAAACAAAUCUAACACUUGUAUAUAUAUAUAUAUGUGUGUGUUAAAGAUUUCUUUCCUUCUUCACCAGAGAUGAAAUUGAAAAGAUAAUCUAUGACGUAGAGGCCUAACACAUUCUGUUAUUGGCCGUGCCCUCUGCUGUAGACUUCAGUUUCGGCUAUUCAAGGCUCAUCAGCAAAGCUUGGGUCAGGAAACUAAGAAAUACCAUAAGGCCUAUUAUAAUGGUGAAGUGUAUAUAACAUUUAUGGGGAUUUGAUUCCGUUUUACUUCACAGUAUAGUAAUCUAAGCUAAUUUAGGUUACAAUAUAGCGAAGUAAAACGGACUCAAAACCUCAUAGAUAAAACUCACUCUUCUUUUUGAACCUUAAACAAUACUAACUCUUCUUUUUGAACAUUAAACAAUAUAUAUAUAUAUACUCAUUCUUAUUUUUGAACAUUAAACAAUACUCACUCUUCCUUCUGAAUAUUAAACAAAACUCACUCUUUCUUCUAAUAUUUAACAAUAUUCUUCUUUCUAAACAUUAAACAAAACUCACUCUUCCUUC